AUGGCAAUUUUGUGGGAGGAUGAUGUUAAGAAUGAUUCUGAUAAUGAUUUGGGUGAUGAUUUCGAUUAUCAACCGAAUGCAGAAGAUGAUGCUGAUGACGACGAUGUGGAUUCGCUGGAUUCCACUAGCAAGAGUGAACAAGUUUGUGGUGUAAAAAGAAUAGCGGAUUUAAUGGUGGAGAAUAUUUGGAACCUGGAGUUUAGGACGGAGGAUGAGGCUUGCCAAUUUUAUAACGCUUAUUCUUGUUGGCAUGGAUUUGUAAUGAGGAAGGACGACGUGGUUAGGGAUAAUCAAGGUAGAAUCAUUAGCAGGCAACUUGUUUGCAACAAAGAGGGCUGGAGAAAUAUGAGGUAUCUUGAUAUGGAUGAUAGAUCAAGGGAGGCAAGGUCACUAACGCGAACCAAGUGUCCAGCUCGGCUUAGGGUAAAGCUUGACUACGGCUGCGGUAGAUGGAAGGUAUCAUGUUUUGUGGAAUCUCACAACCACGAUCUGACGCCACCCCAAUUUGCGCAUCUGGUGCCGGCCAAUCGUCGUCUAACUUUCACUGAUAUAGUUCAAGUGGAAAAUCUUCAUAAUUUUGGUGUCAAGAGCUGCCAUAUUAUGGGGUAUAUUGCAUUCCAGAAGGGUGAAUAUCGUCAUGCUGGCUUCACACGGAAAGAUUUGUACAACCACAUCGAUCGCUAUCAUCGGGCAAAAGUUAAAAAUGGGGAUGCCAAUGCGGCAAUAAACUAUUUGAUUGGCAAGUCAAACAACGAUCCGCUGUUCUUUGGAAAGUAUACGUUCACUAGUGACGAAAGGCUGGAGCAUAUUUUUUGGGCAGAUGGGCAGUCAAUUAUCGACUAUCACUGCUUUGGAGAUAUUGUUGCCUUUGAUUCAACCUACAAGAAGAAUAAAUACAACAAGCCUUUGGUCAUUUUCUCUGGAUGCAAUCAUCACGGGCAGACUGUUAUCUUCGACUCCGGCCUACUAUCCGACGAAACCAGAGAGACGUAUAAGUGGUUGUUGGAAACCUUUGUUGAAGCGAUGGGUGGGAAAAGUCCAAAAGCAGUAAUAACUGACGGAGACCUUGCCAUGCGAGAUGCAAUCAAGAAUGUUCUGCCUGAUGCGACCCAUCGGUUAUGCGGAUGGCAUCUACAGAGAAAUGCAUGUGAAAAUAUAAAGAAUCCUAAUUUCCUGCGCGAUUUUAAGUGUCUUAUAUAUGACAACAACGACCAGAGAGACUUUGAUCAGAGAUGGGCAGCCAUUUUGGAUAAGCACAACCUUGUUGGAAGUACCUGGAUGGAAAAGACGUACGAAACUCGUGAGAUGUGGUCCCAUUGUUUCCUCCGGGAUAAGUUUUUCGGUUACAUAAGGACGACAUCACAGUGUGAAGGUAUAAAUUCUCUCAUCAGAUUUUAUGUUAAUCGCAAGAACACCCUUAUUGACUUCAUGCAUAACCUGGAUAGGGCCUUAAAGGAGUAUAGAAACAACGAGUUAAUAGCUGACUUUAAGUCUCAGUGCUCAGAGCCAAUGAUGAUUACCUCGUUGGAGGAAAUUCGUAAUGAGAUUCAGAGGGCAGGGGCUUUGAAUAUAACGGUACUAAGCACAACCUUGGACAAGGUAGAGUUUAGUGUGACUGCUCUCGGAGACCCGGCCUAA